AUGCCCGCUCUAGAGUGCCCCCAUUGCGACCAAACGUUCCGCCGCCCCAGGGCCCGGGAUAACCAUCUAGACGCAUUCGGCCACUGGCUCGAAUGCGACUUCUGCGACGACCAGUUCUCCAGUUACAAAUCCCUCGACCAGCACUGCAACGCUAAGAACCACUGGCACAUAUGCAACAGCUGCGGUUACAAAUACUACAACGACGAAGACCUUAAAUAUCACCAGAUUGAAAUGGAGCACUUCCUCAAUUGCAGCUAUUGCGACAAGAAGUUUACCACCUGGAAAGCCCUGGGUCAGCACUGUGAUGCCAAAGAUCAUUGGGCACGGUGUUUCCAGUGUUUUAACGACUUUCACAAUUUUGAUUCGAGAAAGAGUCAUAUGGAUCAGCAAGGGCAUUGGUUUUAUUGUGCUUCUUGUCCGAUGGGGUUUCAUCAUCCUAAUAACCGACAGAGGCAUCAAGUAGAGAAUAAUCAUUGGGGGAAUUGGAGGUUUCACGACCCUAAGCAUUAUCCUCCCUAUAUUAGCGCUGGCGAACAGCAGUAUCAUUUGGUGCGCGAUGGCUGA